AAAAGGUGUUGUUUAUAAACGCAGUCUCUGAAUAGUAUAGCUAGGAGCGAAGUAUAUACAGUAUGUCAGAACAGCACAACGGAGCGGGCGGAGAUCUUCUGUUCGCGUGGCUGACGCCCAUCGAGGCACACGUGGACAAGAAGCUGCACAGACCUCGCUCGCCGAGCCUCAACUCGCCUCUUCUGCGAGCCAAGACCGCCAUCCGGAGGACGUUCAGCGCCGGCCAGCGAGCUCAGAGACACAAGGAACAAGUGCGAGAGGCUGUGGACGCGUGCUGGUGGCUGAAGGCGGCCGGAUUCCCCCAGUACGUCCAGCUAUUCGAGGAUGGGCAUUUCCCACUGAGCAUUUCAAUUUCAAGUGGAGAAGAUCACAGUUUUCUGCUGCAGACUGAGCUAGAGACCUUAAUCAGACUGUUGAAUGUGCUGAGUCGUUCGACAGCUCAGAUGGAAGAAAUAUUGAGUUCCCCUAAGAGAGAUCCUACCGGAGGUCUAGCCAUAGAGAGAGCACUCAGCGAUCGCUGGGUAUACCGACAACACUGGCAAAACUGGGGCCGCAAAACACACCCCCGUCGUCAUAGCGAUGGCUCCGAGGGCGGUAACCUUGCCGACACCUCUUUCCCUUCGCCCGAGGGCCCAAACAACCUCGUGGUCUCGGAGCUGCGGGGCAGUUUGACUGACCUCACCCGGGAGGUCAAGACCUACUCGUUUUGUCCCAACGAGGACACAGAUGUUCCUCCAAUAGUAGUGGAUCCUCCUGGUACCACUCAAUAUGGCAGUACCUCCAGCCCCAGUCCAGCGAAACCCUUCUUCCCUCCUCCUCCUCCUCGCCCCCUGUUGACAAGGUGAUUAUGGAGAAUGGGGAGGUGGGGGGAAGGGGAGGAGUGAGGCUGAGUGGUCACAGUGUUGACAGCGAGGCUGACAGUGAGAUAUUCGAUCCCAGACUCGAGUUCUUUGGCGAAGAAGAAGACAGUUUUACAUCUGGUCUCUGCACUGUCUUUGACAACAGCUUGCUGAAACUGCGUUCCUACGACAAGCUCUCACACUCCCUCCCAAACGUCUUCUCCCUCGAGGGACACGACGUAAUCGAUACCAGCUGCGUUUCCACGACGACCGAUGAGAAUACCUCGACCAGUGUGAGUGUCACGUCGAUGCUGGGAGACUCUGCAUCUGCGCUGGACGAGGAAGACCCUGUAAUUCAGCCCGUCUCCUCACCAGAGAGACUCACAUCCACUCUGUUUGCUGUCUCCGUUGCCAACGGUCGCGAGGGGAAAGCCCCUUACGAGAGGACGUCGAGUGCCACAACGCUACCAGCUUCGUUCAAGAUGGCUUCUUCUCCGGGUGUCAAUGGCGGGGGAGGGGGUGUGGUCAUCACAAAGAGAUGGUCUGGUCCAGGGAACGAUUCUGUCGGUAGCUAUGACUUGAGGUCAGAGGUCGGAGAGGCGGGGAGAGAGCGACGUAGCCGUCUGUCACCCGUGGGAGACCGAGGAGGGUGGAUGAGCAUCAGCUACGCCCACCCUCCGCGACAGAGGUCACCGGGGUCACCGAGCGAGGAGAGAAGCGACGUGACAAAGGUUCGCAGGAGAAAGAAGAGGAGCGGCUCUGGUCAUGGAAGGUCGAGAAUCUCGCUGGCACAGUUUCCAGCAAGAGACACUGCUACCAACGCUGUCUGAAUGCCAGUGAGAAACUGGUACCAAUAGAAGAACUAUCGGCAGGGCAGAUAUCAGUUCUCCAGAAACUGAGUCUUGUGAAACUCACUGCUAUGCUGGAGCUCUAUGGCUGCCCUGUCAACAUAGUGAGGUGUCUAAGACGUAGACAGAAACAGCCUGAGAUCAAGGGGAAGAAUGUGUUUGGGUCUUCGUUAUCUGAGAAUGUGCGUCGCUAUGGUAACCCGCUACCUCCAACCAUACUGUGUGCUCUCCAGCAUCUCCAUGACAAUGGUCUGGAGACAGUGGGCAUAUUUCGGAGAGCCGCUGGAAAAUCUAGAGUGGGGGUCCUCAGGGGGCUCAUGGAGAUGAACCCAGAGUACUGUGAUUUCGAGGGCUACUCAGUCUACGACGUUGCAGAUCUCGUGAAGCAAUUCUUCAGAGAGUUGCCUGAGCCUCUGCUGACUAUGGACGCCAAGAACCUCUCCCUGUGUUUCUCGCCCUCUCUCUUCUCCCUCUCCUCCUCACCGCUCAGGCCGCUGGCCAACCCUGGCAACCCUUUCCCCCGCAUCCCAUCCCUCAAGAGACACACCAUCAACAACAGUGGGUCGCCUCUUUCCCUCUCCUCCACCAAGGAAGUCACUGAGACUGUGACGUCCAGUGGGUGUCUUCAACUGAUGAUCACUCAUCGCAGAGAAAUCUUUCAGGUGGCAGCUGAUCAGUUACAGGUCGUCAAGUUUUCAUAUCUGGAGCUGAGUGGCCCCGUUCCAUACCACAACCUCACCGCCAGCGACCAGUAUGGAAUGGGGACCAGCCAGUCCUUCCUCGACAGCUGCAUCACCACCAUCUUGAAGGAGUCUCGAAGGAGGUUCAAGGACUGGGUGAGGAGUGAGGAGGUGAGGAAGGAGGGAGGGGAGGGUGUGGAGGUGUCUCAUGUGAGUGUGGGUGACGGAGUCCCCCUCUGGGUCUGGAGAGGAACUACUGACAUCCCUGCCGCCUCGCCCAAGACUGUCUUUGAGAGGAUCUGGUACCAGAGACAUGUGUGGGAUAAGACGAUGGUAAGCAGCUGGAAGGUCGCGACCCUUGACCCCCAGACGGAAGUCUUCCAGUACGUGACUAGAGCCACGCCCCCUCUCUGCGACCGGGACCACUGCCUGAUGAGGUCAUGGCACAGGGAUGUCCCCACUGGGCGAUACAUGAUAGUGGCGACCUCUGUGAGCCACCCACAGGCGGAGCUUCGGGCGGGGAUUCGGGCGGUCCACCUGGCGUCUCAUUUCCUCCUCCAGCCUUGUCCUCAUGGUACCACCGUCACCGCCAUUUCCAGAGAGGACUGGAGAGGCCAUAGCAGUGAGUACUACAACAGAAGUCUGGGGCCCUACCUGGUCUCAUCCACUCUGAGCAUGCUCAGAAACUCCUUCAGAGAACUUGACUUCCUGGAGACUCCAGUCUAGCCCCGCCCACUUACCGCACCCACCAUUCAAUCCACCACAUCAUCAUCAUCACAUCAUCAGUAUAAAAUCACAAUGUCAUCGUACAUACAUUGUUAUAUAAAGGUUGAGGGAUAUAAUACCCAAGUCUAAAACUAAUAUACUAGUGUUGUUGGGAUAAGUAUCGCGCUAAACCGCUGUCAGCUUCCUCUGCUCUUUCCUUGUAACCGGCUUUUUCUGUUUCAAGAUCUUUUAUCUUGGCAAGCAUUGUUGCCGUCUUUUCCGCUUCAUCUGCUGAAAUUUUGUUGACUUCGGUUUUCUUAUCAUCGAGCUCCUUGCUAGCUGCUGCAACCUUUCCCUCAAGGUCCUUGUUGUGCAGAGUCAGCAUUGUGAUUGUGUUUUGCAUGUUUUCUCGAUCAACUUCCAUUUUCAUUUCCGCUUCACGUUUUUCUUCAUCCUUCUUUUGUAACUGUUCAAGCAAUUUUCUCUGCUCUUGCUCGUUCUUGUGGAUUGCGUUUUGUGUGAACUUGAUUUGCAAGUUGACUAGUUUUGUGGAUAGAAGAUCAGCCAUUUGACUCUUUCGAUAACCUGCUGAUUUACUCAUCUCUGAAAGCCGCUUGCAUAGUUCUCCAGCUGAGGGGCGUUGAAAGGACACAUCAUUCAAGCAGUCAACAGUGAGUUGACGCAUGGGGUGGUUGUCAUCAACUUUGUCCAAACUUAUCUUGUACCGUGUGACCUCAUUGAUUGUGGCAUCUUCUGGUUCGAGAAUCUUUGUCAGAGGCUGUGGCAUUUUGCGUGUGACGACGUGUAGAGCAAGAACACCGAAUGAGAAGCAGUCAAUGUCUUCGUUGUAAAAUUCCACUGCUAAAUGACUUACGAGGCAGACCAACUGCAGCGCCAGAGCCCACAGAGAGCUCUGCUUCUGGUGCGUUCACCUGUAGUGAUGUUACCCCGCCAAUCUUCGCCCUGCCUCCCUUAACAAGAACAUUAGUUGCAUUCAGGUUGCUGUGAAUGAUGUUGUUCGAAUGUAGGUACUCUAGACCUUGGGCCACGUCACUGCAGAGGUCGAGCUGUGAGUGCAGUGGUAGUGGACUUUGGUGCGAUUUCUCGAGGAAAUCUUUCAAAUUAAGAUCCAUGAGCUCCAUUAUUAGAAUGGGCCCAACCACACUUUCAUCAUAGCAGAUGCCAAAAGGUAACACAAUGUUCGGAUGACGGAUAUUCUGCAAGAGCUUGCAGCCCCUCUCGAAAUCCUCAACUUGCCAUUUCGAACAUUUGCUGAGCUCAGGGUGGAUGUAUUUGGCUGCACAGGAAAGGCUGAGGAACUGAGCCUUACAGAUGACAGCACUGUCGCCAUUCAUUAUCACUUUGUGUUGGUGAACCUUAACUUGGCUGCAUGCAAUCACAGGAAGACCAUCUUCUGCUAGCCUUGAGCACUCAGAUGCAGAGCUGGACAACAGAGAGACAGACGGACGCAUCUGUCGCAUGUGUGAUCGGCUACCAGACUUUUGCAGAGCUGGCGGCGUCAC